AUGGACCAACUACAACAAGACAACCGACAUUCAAGGGCGAUGACACUCGACGUUAUGCCUGUAGAGAUGAUCAGUGAGAUCACAAGUCAUCUAAAGCCCCGAGAUCUUACCAAACUGGCUCGAGUGUCUAAGAAGCUCCGCGACUUUGCCCAGUGUGCGCUGUGGCGAGACAUAGAGCUGCAUCGUCAAGACGCCCAUCAAGACUGCUUCGGCCUAGAUGUGCAACGUCAACUCCCACGGACCUACCUCGACGAUGAGCUUCGCGAUCCUUGGUCAUACAGAGAUUCCGGCGGAACAGACCACGUGUUCGAGCAACGUACUGCGAAGUUCGGGACAGCGAUUCGCAAACUCUACCGUACUGCUGGAAAGUCGCAGGGCUGGAGCAGACUUGCACCGUUCAUACGACACCUAUGCCUGACGAUAACGUACAAGAGUCCGCCUUCCGUAUGGAACAUGGUUCUGUCGCUCUCAAAUCUCAAUGCAGUCGAGCUUAUUGGAGAGUUUACUGCCGAGAAUAAAGGACCGCCAGCAAUCGCAACUCUUCACGAGCCUGCCGCAAAUAAGAUACGACACGUUCGGCUGCGUGGCUACAUACCUGGAGGCUUCGUUUCUGCGGUGUGCAAGGCCUCUGCUGCCAGUAUCGUCAGUCUUGACCUAGGCAUUCUCGAACGACCCCAAAUUCACGUCGGUGAUGCAGAAGACACAGAGUAUCAGCAAAUGCUAGGUUAUCCACUAUACAUUGCCCCGCGAGGUGCCCUAUGGUACACGGAACAGUCGUUCCCUACGCUUACAUCUCUAACUCACCUGCUUCUCUGCAAACGGGGUAGGUUUGAUGGACCUCCUGAGAUGUCGGAAGAAGAAGACGGCGAAAUUCGUGAGGAUGAAGUACAUGAUGUGAAGGAACUCAAGCAAUGGGCAUCCCUUCUCCAAUCAGUCAGUUCCACCAUUGUCGAAGUUGUUCUCGAGCAGCGUCCAGUGUAUCUCGAAUAUCUCCUCCACAUGGACAUGGAUAUUUCUCCACACGACAAAACAGGAGUGAAUCCAGAUCUAUGCACUUCAGAUUCUGCCCUGUACCAACACGUCUUGGGUGCACUUUUCGACAAUCAAGGCAGUUGGCCGAAGCUCCAAAAGUUGACAUUCCGCGGGUGGGAUACAACCAACCUCUAUGAAGAGGUGCGGGAAGCGAAAGAACCAUGGCAUGUCUUUAUGGCGAGAGUCUUACCACAGGCUCAGGUUGAACAUGUAUGCGGCAACCACAUGUUCUUUAGUACGCGAAAAGGCACGAUCUUGAAUCAGCAUGGGGCUGACGGCCUCAUGCCGCACUUGGACUUCGGACGCUUCGACGAAGGCUACCUGUUCGAUAUGAACAACUUCAUGUUCUAG